AUGGAUGAUUAUGAAAUAAUUGAACAUGAACAAAAUAGAAGAUCAAGUAUCUGUAAGGUAUUAUCCAGUGGAAGACAAGUUAUUCGUGAUGCAAACUCGAAUACUAGCGACCGAAUACUAAAGAGUGGAAGACGAUUAGUUGGAUCGACAUCAAACACCAGUAGUCCACAACCGUCAGCAGUAGCCCCCAAAAUAAAUGUUAUUAUACAACCAGAACGUUCAAAUAAAAAACAACGAACACUCUAUUCUCAAAUAGGCGCUAUAUUGCAUCAAAACGAAAUAGAAGAUGUCAAUCAACCACAACAGCAUACUGAAGAAGAAUAUGAUCCUACAAAUCCAUUAAUACACAGUACAAUUCAUGUGGCUGAACGUAAAAAAUUGCAUAUGCCUAAUCAACCAUCGAAAAAACUUUUAUUAAAAGCUGUUACUGAUGCCAAUAAAUCUGUAUUAAUGAAAAUGAAUAAGAAGACCGGCACAGUCAAAGUUGUAAAGCCAGAUGGCACAACUGAACGUCUAGCAGCAAAAUUAUUAGCAAGAAGAUUAGGAAAUACCGAAGGGACAUGGAUUAAUCCGGUCAGUAUCAUAAAAAACGUUGUUCAGACAAACAACGAUAACAACAACAAUCAUAAAUCGUUAGCAAUUAUUCCAACAGCGGUGGUCACUCCCACUACAUCAUCUAAAAUGAAAAUAAGAGUAUUAAAUGAAUAUUGUCGAACAAACGAUAGCAACUCAAAUGCGAGUAGUACAAAUGGUAACGAAAAUAGUAAUAGCAAUUUAUCUAUAUCAAGUAAUCAAACAAGUGAAAUAAAUGGCAGUGAGCCUGCUAAACAAAUAGUUUCAUUUGAAGACAAUGACGAAGAUGAUGAAGAAGAUUUUAUUGUUGUUGUCAAUUCAGAUACAAUGGGUGAAUAUGAUUUAUCAUCAUUAUAUGAGAAUGAAUCAUGGAUGUUACAAGAUUACAAUGAACAAUCUCAACAAGAUGAUAAUGGUUAUUACAAUAACAGCAAUAUUAAUGAACAACAACAACUGUCCAACACUUCAAAUAAUCUAUUAGUUAUUGAUGAUUAUAAUACUCGUACAUCGUCACAAACAGUGUCCACUACAACAGCAUUAAAACGCAAACUCAGUCAGGAUAUAUAUGAUGAUAACGGUGAACAACAACAAUCGCAAAACUCUCCACAACAACCAUUUUCCACAUCAACAUCAGCGGUUUCACGUAAAAUAAAACGUUGUCGGUUUUGGCCCGAUUGUCACAAUGGAACAAAUUGUGAAUAUCUUCAUCCGACUCAACGUUGCACACAUUUUCCAAAUUGUGCAUAUGGAAAUGAUUGUUUGUAUAUACACCCUCUUUGCAAAUUUGGUGCAAAUUGCUCUAGAAAUGAUUGUUCUUAUUCUCAUAUAAUGACAAAUACAUCUCCAGUAACUGCUGCAUUAACUAAUUCAUCUGCGCUAUUAUCGCCAACGACUACAUCACCAUCACAGACACCAAUGACAAAUCGUACGUCAUCAAAUACUAAUUUAAAUUCAAAUUUUGUUACUCCAAUUGUUCAAUUUACUCGCCGAGAAAAUUCAAUAAUUAAAAUGCAUUCACGUGCCUAUCUUCUUAUUAAACGUGAUUUAUUACUAUUAGAAACAUAUCCAAUAAAAGGCAUUGAACUUGAAAAAAUUGAAAAUGAUAAUUGUUUUGAUUUAACAUUAAAUAUUUGUCCAAAUCAACAGUCAAUAUGGUAUGGUUGUAUAUUUCAUGUUCAAUUAUUAUUUAGUGAUACAUAUAAUGUUCAACCACCUUUAAUUCAAUUUGAAUCAACUAUUCCAUAUCAUCCAAAUAUUGAUCCAAUUACCGGACGUGCAAAACUUUCGUGUAUUGAAAAAUGGAAUCCACGUUAUACUUUAAGAUUAUUAUUAGAUGAAUUAAUAAAUAUUUUUACAGAACCAAAUGAACAUACAAUUAUAAAUUCUGAUGCUAUGCGAAUGUUAAGACAUCGUCCACAAGAUUAUUAUUUAAUUGUCGAAGAUUGUAUACAAAAAAGUCAAUUAUUUCAAUCGACAAGUAAACAAAAAAUAAGCAAUACUCCAAUACAUUCAGUAACAUCUGCAAAAGAUAACAGAAAUUUAAUAAUAAAAAAGGGUCAUCAGCGUUCUUACACAACAAUGACAAGACAUCAUAAUUAUGUACCACAACAAAAAAUAUCAUUUGAAGAUUAUUAUAAUACAUGGAAAGGAAUUGCUACUUCAAAAUCAAAAGCAAAUGAUGAAAAUCCUCUAUUAGAACUAUUAAGUUUACAUCCAAAAUUACAAUCACAACAUCUCGCUUUAAGACCAACAGAAUUAGGUCGACAAUUAGAUGAACGAGCAUUACAAUUUGAACGUUUAAAAUAUGGAAAUUUAUCUGAUGAAAAAUCAAGAAAAUUAACACAAUUAAAAUAUAACAAACAAUCAUAUUUAACACAUGAAUCAUUGAGUCCUCUUAAUCAGCGACCAACAACAAAAGAGGAACAAGAUGAAGAACGUCAUAAUAACAAUAAUAAUAUGGAUAAUUUAAGAAUCAAAAGUGGUUUCAUGGAAAAUGAUGAAGUAGCAGAAUUAAUCGAAUGGACACAAGAUUUACCGGACGAAGUAACUGAUUGA